UAUGAACAAACAAAACUUAUUUCAACAGAUAUUAAUCCUUCAAAUUCAACUAAUUGAAAUUAGUUGUUGGCACGACUUGGGUAACACAGAUUUUCAUUGUUGGCCCUUAUCAGCCAGCUCUCAGAAUCCAGUACCAUUUUCUACCUGUCCAGGUAUCAACAUUAAAUGGAUUUUACCACCUCCGGCUGAAAUAAAGGCGGGAAAAGCUUUCAAUGUCACUUAUGAUUUGACUUUCGAUUCAGAGUUUUGGACUUGGGCAGUUUCUUCCGCUGGAAGCUUUAAAUUAAAUUUCUUCGCUUCGAGCAACGGAGGGAUCACAGAUCCUGUUAUUGCUCAAAAAUGGUGUGAGAAUACCGCCUGUCCAGAUGACUCGAAGGCAGCAAACCAAGAGAAUUGUUGUAUCCAUCAUGUCAAUGUUCACUCAUGUCCCUUGGCUGAAGUUGAGUUAGUUAAAAAUGGAUUGUGUGGACCAUGGAUUCCAUCAUCUGGCAGUAUAUUUACCCAUUCAAAAGUUAUGAUAGGAUCUUCUUCCAUCAGAGAAUGGACAUCGCAAAUAUUGGGAUUAUAUACUGUUGGCGAAACAUCACUAAUAGCUCAUUUUAAAGUUGGAGAGCUUCAUAUAGCUCUAGAAAAAUCCAUUGAAGUACUCCCCAAAACAAUUUGUGGAGAUGAUAAAUGUGAAGAAGAGGAAACUUGCAGCACAUGUCCGAAAGACUGUGGGAGAUGCCCGCUAAAAGGAUAUCAAAUAGCUCUAAUAGCCGUCGCAGCUGGCAUAAUUGUAAGCGCUUUUCUAACAGUGAUCGGAUAUUCCAAGUACAAGGAAAGAAAAUUAUUAUGGGAUGAAAGUUGGAUAUUAGAUUAUGAUAUUAUAGUAUCAGAAGCUGCAACCAAGCAUUUUGUUCCAAGUUGCGUAAGUUUAAAAUCUGGCAACAGCGGAGGAGUAGGGAAUAUUGAUAGUCAAUUAUUUACACCAGUUGGAAUAUAUGAAGGAAAGAUGGUCGCAGUUAAAAAUCUAAUUAAAUCCGACUUCGUUUUAAGCAAGUUAAUAAGACAGGAGGUUAAAAACGUUCGCCAACUUGACCAUCCCAAUUUGGUAAAGUUUGUUGGAGGCUGUAUAAAUCUUCCAAACAUUGCACUCAUAACAGAGUAUUGCCCCAAAGGGGCUCUUAGCGAUUUGCUCCAAUCUGAAAGUACACCCCUCAAUUGGUCUUUUAGAUUUUCCUUCUCGUUAGAUAUAGCAGGAGCUAUGAGCUAUCUACAUUCUAAAAAUGUUAUUCAUGGAAGACUAAAGUCAUCUAAUUGCGUGAUCGAUGAUAGAUGGUCAGUAAGAGUAUCAGACUAUGGAUUAGAAACUUAUAGAAGUGAAGAAUCCGAGAAAGAAAACGAAAAGAGAUUAAAAGAUGUAGUUUACAUUGCUCCUGAAGUUUGUACAAACGGCACUCGCAAAUCCUUUGAAGCCGAUGUAUACGCGUUUGGUAUAAUACUUAUUGAAAUAGCUACAAGGCAGGAUCCAUAUGGGGAAGAAGACUUUGCAACAGUUAAAAUAGGAUGGAAGCCCUCCCUGCCUGAUCUAUCGAAUAAAGUAUACGACGAAGAUGUAAAAUGCCCUUCUCCAGUUGAAUACAAUAAACUCAUUCAAGAAUGUUAUAGCAAUACCGUGUCCGAACGACCAACUUUUGACAUAAUUAAGAAGAAACUAAAGAAGAUGAAUCCUGAUCGAAGGAGUCCUGUUGAUAUGAUGAUGUUAAUGAUGGAAAAAUAUUCUAAACACUUGGAAAGUCUUGUAGCGGAUCGUACAUCCGAUUUAGAACAAGAGAAAUUGAAGACGGAUAGACUUCUUUACAGUAUGCUACCAAGGGCUGUAGCUGAUGAACUAAGGCACGGUAGAAUCAUAGGUGCGGAACAGUAUUCAGCCUGUACCAUCUACUUUAGUGAUAUUGUUGGCUUUACUAAUCUGUCUGGUAAUUCGACGCCGAUGCAGGUUGUUGGCUUAUUAAAUAAGCUUUAUACUUGUUUUGAUUCCAUAAUUGAUAAUUUUGACGUAUAUAAAGUUGAGACAAUUGGAGAUGCUUAUAUGGUUGUUUCUGGAGUUCCUGUGAGGAACGGUAAAGAGCACGCAAGUCAAAUAGCUUUGAUGUCUAUCCAGCUAGUUAAUGCAGCAAAGAGUUUCGUUAUUCCCCAUAUGCCAGGAGAACCUUUGAAAAUCCGAGUGGGCCUACAUAGUGGCCCUGUUUGCGCCGGAGUCGUUGGUCUAAAGAUGCCUAGAUAUUGUUUGUUUGGCGAUACUGUGAAUACAGCUAGUCGGAUGGAGAGCAAUGGUCAAGCUUAUAGAAUUCAUAUUAGUCUAAGUACUUAUGAAAUUCUUGAAGAAUUUGGAAAUUUUGACUGUGAAUUUCGUGGAACAUUGGAAAUUAAGGAGAAAUGA